AUGGAGACCGGCAAGGCUGAACAAAUCACCGAUAAUAUUCCCCAAGAAAUCAUCGAAGAAAUCUUGUGCAGACUCCCGGUAAAAUCUCUAUCGAGAUUCAAGUGUGUUUCCCCAUCAGGGCGUUCAAUGAUCUCCAGCAAACAAUUCAUCAAAACCCAUCUCCAACGUUCGAAAAAGAUCGAAUCUUUCGCCGACCAAAGAAUCACCUCCACCUGUCAAGGCAAGCUAAAGGCAUGUUCUCUGUCCUCCUUGUUGACCGAACCGGUCAUUCGCGCCUUUUCUAUCGAUUUCUUUCCGAUGAAUAGUUCGAAUGAUAUAGUUAUCGUGGGUUCAUGCAACGGUUUGAUCUGCGUUCUAGUCGACGCAUGUCGGUUUUUCUUGUUGAAUCCUUCGACAAGAGAGUCCAAGGAAUUGCCCGACUUCUUUACCGGAGCGAUGUUCCCGAAGAAUGUCGGUUCUAUUCGUGGAUACGGAUUUGGAUUCGAUGAGAGUAGUGGCGAUUACAAGGUUUGCGUCGUUUGUUAUAUGAUGUUAGUGUUUGGUUCAAACGUGACUUUUCCGAGUACCGCAAGAGUGUAUAGCUUAAAGGUCGAUUCUUGGGGACGUAAUUUGUUCUUUAAGGAUGUGUGUAUAUUUGGUUCAGCCAAGUUUGUGAGUGGGAAGUUACACUGGAUUAGCGAUUUUAAAACGAAGUCGAAAUGGGAUGAUGUUUGUUUCGAUUUGAAGAGUGAGACUUUUGGAAUCGUGAAACAAGCUAGUUGUAUCGAGGGUUAUUACAGCCCGAGAUUGGGAGUUCUCAAAGGAUAUCUUUGUGUGUUUUCCGGCUAUUCUCCAACUAGUAUGUUCGACGUCUGGAUUUGGAAUGAGUAUGGGGUGGAAGAUUCUAAUUACGUAACCCCGUUGUUUGUUUUGCCAUGUGGCGAAGUUCUGUUUACGUACGAAUCGGAUUUUUUUAUUUACAAUAAGAAAGACAAUUGCGUCACGCAACAACACACCGUUGACUUUGACCGUGAUCGUCACGGUGAAGCAGAGGUCUACAUAGAAAGUUUAGUCUCACUUGCACUUGAUGAUUGA